AUGAACAAAGUGUGUUUAUAUCGUAUCUCUGGAAAAUCUGAAUUUGAUCAAUGGACCAAAUUAUUUCGCCAAUUCCCAAAACACCAGGGAUUAGGACAUAUAAUCAUUACCCCUGAGACUCACACUAUUCAGGUUUCCAACGAGGAGAAAGACUAUGUUCUUAGAAAAUUUAACAUAUAUGUACCUGCAAAGGCGUAUCCUACAUGGUUCCAAAACGAACUUAACAAGGGUUUUAUGUCGUUGUACGAUAUAGUAGAGUGUACCUUAUCCAAGGAUAUUCGUACAGACCAUGAAAUCUAUGAAGAGUUUCUAGACUCUUUAUAUAACAUCUCGUUUGACACAAAAAUGGACGCUACUAUCUUCAGGUCCACUACAUUAGGUGCAAGCAAUAAGGCCAAGGAAUUAGACAUUGCUAUUAACGAUGACUGGAUUGCUCGAAGAAUUUUGAAAUCUUCAAAAGGUCAAUAUGCCAGCAUAAAUUCUGAAAAUCUUGAAAGUUGCUGGUUUAUCAGUGCAAGCACCAUUCAACGUAGAUCAUGCUGA